CUGACAAGUCGGCAGUGAAUUCGUGGCCAAGGAAAAUAAUUGAUGAAACUUUUGUGAAAAACUCGAUAUAAAGAAAAAAAUUGCACUUUUGCUUCCAAUAAAUUCGUCUCAGACAUCACCUGUUACUAAGAAAGAUGGGGGUGGCAAUCAGCCGCUACGGAGAGUUAUCUAACAAUGAGCUGUUGGAGCGCUUUGUGUCUCCAGACAUCAUCAGUCCAAAUGACCCGUUCUGGAACCAGCUGUUGUCGUUCAACAUUACCCCGCCUAGCAGUGUCGAGGAGCAGCUAAUCUUCGACUCUAGCACCGAGAACCUCCUCCAACAGUUCCUAGCCAACAACGGAGACACGGGCAACCUCGGCGCCCUAGUGCAUGUUUUCAUCACACGCGCCACUGAACUGCUCUCCUCACCCACCAGCGAUAAUGUGAUGCUGGCAUGGCAGACAUUCAACGCUCUAUUCGUGAUCCGCGCCGUGGUCAAGUAUUUGGUGGAGAUGGUUCCCGAAUCUGAAGUUUGCCGCCAUCUUGAUAUUAUAGUGCAGGAUCGGCGACCGCCUGUUGCCGACCAAACAACAGACGAGGCACAGGCGUCACCCAAACAGCCGAUACUGAACGCGGAGAGUCGGGUGGAGAUGCUAGUCGACGCGCUUAUAAGCCUCAUCAUAGACGUUCCAGUCACUGACAACACAUACUACCUCCACUUGGAGUGCAUCAACACGCUUCUAGUACUCAUGAGUGUGUACAUGUUCGCUGGAGUACACGGGCAAAGCCGCAUGAUCGAGACUAGUGUUAUUUAUAGAACGCUAUUCCAAGGCCGCUAUGGCAUGCAGGCGCCCCUCCUAGUGAAGAUCCUUCUGAGCCAUCUGUCGAGCAUGCUCGCCGCGCCGCCGCACAUGUUCGGCACGGGCGUACCGGGCGGCAGUAUACUAGUCAAUUUAGCAUCUGGUUUCUGGAACAUGCUGACCCUGAGCAGUCCUGCUGCCCCUACUAUCUACACCAACCCCCCACAAGACAGACACACUUUGAUGGAAGAGUUACAACAAAGACAUCCUUUGGCUAAUCAGGCUUGCCUUCUAUUGCUCGCGCUGGCGAACCACUGUGCGACGCGCAACCUGUACCGCCAGGCGCUCCUAUCUGCUGCCGAUACUGCCAAUACAGCCACAACGCCGCAGAAGGAGCCAGAGAAAGGAACGGGUCCGGAGAUGACGCCGCCGCGGAUAGACAUGGCCGCGCUCCACAAAGCCCUAUGCGCCACGGCGGGCUGCGAGCAUUCUACACUACUUCUGUAUCUAAUGCUGCACUCGUGUAAAGCCUACAAACGGCACGUCAGCAACGUGGAGCACAUAGAACACUUGAUAGUUCCUAUACUACAAGUGUUAUAUAACGCGCCAGACAGCAACUCACACCAUAUAUACAUGUCGCUGAUCGUGUUACUUAUACUUACGGAAGACGACGCUCUUAUAAAAAAUGUGCAUCUUAUCACAUUGAAAAACAUUCCCUGGUACACAGAGCGUCAGAUAUCAGAGGUCUCACUCGGCGGACUAAUGGUGUUAGUACUAGUCCGGGCUCUGCAGUACAAUAUGGCGCGCGUUCGUGAUAAAUACUUACAUACUAACUGUCUCGCUGCCAUCGCUAAUAUGAGCUGUGAGUUCAGAAACCUUCACCCUUACGUCGCGCAGAGGCUAGUGUCGCUAUUUGAGACGCUCUCCAAACGAAGAGCAAGGUUAUGCAACGAAAUAGAAGGCGGUGAUAUUAACAAUAUAGAGUUACCACAUCACGCAGAGGAAAAAACAGAAGAAAUGGUGGAACACAUUCAAGUUCUAGACGAAGUACUCCGAAUGCUGCUGGAGAUCAUGAACUCCUGCCUGACCCACCAGCUGCAGCACAACCCCAACAUGGUGUACUGUCUCCUGCACAAGCGGCAGCUCUUCCAGAACAACCCUCAUCACAUCACGCAGAACAUUGAAAUGGUGAUAGGUUACUUCUCGACGCGCCUCCAACGGGUCCAAGACGGCGCCGGCGGCGACCUCAGCGUCACAGAGGUGCUGACGUGCAUCAAGAAAGGGGCCGAGCAAUGGUCCAGUGACAGGUUAAAGAAAUUCCCCGACCUAAAAUUCCGCUACGUGGAAGAGGAGAGGCCCGAGGAAUUCUUCACUCCAUACGUAUGGAGCCUUGUGGGGGGCUGCGGGGGGGUGUACUGGAGCAGCGAGUGCGCGCGCGCCGCCUCCGCGCUUUGCUGAUACCCGGGGGCACCGUCGUUUGUCAUUAAUUAUACAACAUUCUAGUGGGAUUCAAACUUUACAGAAGUAAGCAUAAGGUCGUGGCACUAUAUGCGGUUAAAAUUUGUGUAAGUACGCAGUUACGAUGUUUUCAUUAUUAUACCGCAAUACUGCAAUAAGUGCUCAAUAAAUAUCAUAAAGCUUACUUCUACAGAGUUCUUUCUUAUCCUAAAAAAACAAACUAAAUAUAGCAAUCCCGUGCAAGAUCUGGACAUUUGAUACGCGACUUAAAAACCGGUUUCCUCUAACCGGUUUGGUUAUUUAGUGGAAAAAAUUAUUAGGACUACUUUAAAAAUGAUUUAUUUAACUAUCAGUAGCUAAACAAACGGUUCGUUUAAUUAAUUAUUUUUCAAUAAGAGGUAUGGUUUGUCCUAAAACCGGUUUGAAAUCGGAUCGAAACCACAGAAUAAAUAAUAGUACUAGGUACAGAAGGUUCAGUCUCUAACAAAACGCGUCUAUUACGAGAUAUAAGAGCAAGCGCGAACAGGCGUCCGUUUCGUAGCGGUGCGCGGCAACCACUGCUAGACACCAAAAUUGGUGUGGGCCGCAUGUACUUGUAGCGACGCGACGAAAUCGCGGAGUGAGCCACGCGUCAACUAAACCGUCUGCAAAGGACUGCUAAAUAUUGUAACUAUACAUUGAAAAAUGAAAUAGGUCGUUGUAAUCCGUUGUCAUAUAGGAGAUCACAGAGAAAUUUAAUUCUCACUUGCUAGAUUUACAUUAUGUAUCAACUUGUGGUGAUAAAGUGUACUAUAAUAAUAUAUUUGACCAUAGGGUAGAUUUAAAUACUAAGGUAUUUUUAAUUAUAUUUUACUUGAGAUAUUUUAAAGGUCGUCAGCUUUUUAUGAGUAGUUUUUUCAUUUGACAAAAAUAGUGUUCAAAUAUUUUUUAAAUUUAUUUAGGCAACAGUGGCGGCACUUUAAAAUAACCUAAAUGCACUUGCUUUUCCGCCGUUUUAUGUUUAUUCUUAACACUAUUGUCACAAUAUAUUAGAAAUAUAUUUAAAUAUAUCUGUGACGCGUUGCUGGGGCAUUGCACGAGAAUGUCGCUUACGUAACGCCAUUAGACUAUUUUGCCUCACUUUAGUUAGUAAAAAAAAAAUACAGGACUAAACUGUAUUAAGGGGUUAUUAAAUGUAUCCUAUCACCGGACGUUUUUUUGCUGAGAGGGACAGAGAGAGGUAUAUGUUAGUUAUUGCUCUGUCACUCAUAGCAGAAAGUGUCCGGAUAUAAAUAUAACUAAUAACCCAAAUUGUAUAGGUACUUUAAUAUAGUUUUAAUCGAAACGCAAUAUUGUAUUAUUAUUGUAAUAAAUAUAUAAAUAAAAUUAUAUUUGAAU